AUGGCAAAGUCUGUGCGAACCGUUACUCGAGCCAACACUUCCGCUCCUUCUCCAUCAUCUAAGUUAGUCCUGCUCUCUCGUCUCGUCUCGGCUGCUGGAGACAAGAUGGCGACGACAGACACAGGCGGAUCUGCUCCUGCAAUGCUCGAGCCGCAUCAGCUCGCCGCCUCUCUCGCUCCUCCCACCCACGAUCAACAGAUCAGCUACGUCGUCGAGCACUGCAACUACAUACUCACCCAGCUCGCUUCAGACUCUCUCUCGCCAUCGCUCGUCUCGCAUUCUGCAGACUCACAGCACGCUCCCGUCUUCACCACCCUACCAUCUUCGUCCUCGCUGGAAGCCUACCUCGAUCAGCUCACUUCGGCUCAGAAACAAGCCGACGCCCGCACCGCCCACCUCGAAUCGCAGCUGCGAAACCAGCUCCUAUCCAGCUUGUCUGGUGUCAAGCUUCUCAAGCAGAAGCUUUCAUCCCUUCCAGAUGACAUCGCCACGACCGAAGACAAGCUGCUCGACCUCUGUGAGGAUCUUGUCAUAGCUAGUUCGAGCACGUCUGCUGUUCCCGAGUCCAGCAGGGACGGCGCAGCUACCUUGAUGAACAGGCUCGACCAACUGCAUACUGCCAUCGACCAGCUUCACAAAGCGAAAGCAUACUUUUCCAUCCUGGCACAGGCAGAGGAUCUUCGUCUUGCCGUCGCACGAUGCGACCAGGACCAGGCGCAGAGGGAACAGGCGCUCCACCACCUCUCGGAGCUCGAUGCCCUCGUUCGAAAAGUCGAGAAGCUCUCUGCCGCAGGCUCCGAACAGCCUGAAGUCGGAGGAGAUGAGCCCAAGCUCGUCUCCUUCUUGCGUUCACAGCGAUCUGUCGCUUUCAAGACGCUGCGAAAAGCCAGGUGCGCCAGACUCUCAGAAGCGAUUCAGCAGACGGGUUGGUCGCAGGCUAAUGCCGAUCUCUCCACCACCAAAGACGAAGCUGGCGAUCCCAACGGCCUUUCGGCGGCCAAGCUUCUCGGGAGCGAACGAGUAAAGCUAGCCUGGUUAGACGUCUGCGAGCUUCAGGAUGCUGCCGAGCAACUCGGCUUGCUCAGCCGCGCCACCGCAAAGCCGUCCUCCAAAUCACAUUCGCAGCCAACACAGCACGAGGCGAUCACCGCUGGCAGUGACAAGUAUCAACCGCUGCUCACCACUCAAUGUCUCGUCGAGCCUAUGCUCCUCCGCUUCCGCUACCACUUCGACGGCGACCGCUCGACUAACCGUCUCGACAAACCCGAAUGGUUCCUCUCGCACAUCGCUUCGCUCAUCCGCGCGCAAGCUCCACUCUUCCACCCACCGACGCACGGCGUUCCCGGCUCGGGCGGUGUCGUCGUCCGACUAAAUCGGGCCUACGCGAACGCUUCCUCCUCACGCAAACCGUACCGUCACAUCGACACCUACGCCGAGCUCAUCCACGGCUUGCUCACCCCUCUGCGUCGCAAACUCGCCUCCACCAUGCCUGCGCUCCUGGAUCACCCUUCUCUGCUCGCACACACCGUGUUCCAAGCCCUGACGUUCGACGCCGACCUCGCCGAAUCCUUUCCACCAUCGCUCACCGUGCUCGGUGGUGCUGGUACGAGAAAGAUCUCGGACGACAUCCUGGACAACACAGAGUGGUUCAAUCGGUGGUUGGAUGGCGAAAAGGAAUUCGCUUUGCGGAGGUUUGAAGAGAUUGUGAAUGCUGCGGAUGCAUGGGCGAUAGGAAGUUCGGAUAGCGUGGCUGACGAUGACGAGCAGGUGUUCUACUCCGCCGGUUCUACCAACACAGAGGAUGAGGUGGAGGGGCAGAGGACCACGAAAUCGGCUCGAUCGACCAUGGAGAUCCUCGAAUCUGUUUCCGAGAGAUACCGACCACUUCCCUCGCUCUCGCAACGACUUUCCUUCCUCGCCAUCGUACAGCUUCCCAUCCUCCGAUCGUACGCGCAGCGGUUGACACGAAGUCUGGACGCGUUCGAGUCGCUCUCGUCCGCCUUUGCGCGCGCUAUGCCGGGAGAGAUCACCAGCGCAACUUCGGGCUCGGGCACUUCCGAUUCAGACAUGGUGAAGGGAUUGCGUGGAUUGGGUCGACUGGUGAAGGCUCUGCUGUCGGCGCAGUACGUGUGCGAGGAGCUGGAACGGUGGAGCGAAACCUCCGCAUUCGUCGAACUGUCCUCUGCGCUCGACUCAACCCAGGAAGGCAGGCAGCUCGCCUUGGGGCUGCGCAAAGAUCAGGGUGUGGAGGAGGAUAGAGAGUUGGACGCGGCGAGUUUGGGUAUGCUGUUGAGAAGAGGGUUGAAGAGAGGUGCUGCCGUAGCCCGACCUUUGGCGGCGGGUUCGAGUGGAAGUGCGGUGGGGAGUGGCGAGGCUGGCGUGGGUACGCCCAAGCUGGGCGAUGUGGGGAGCAGACAGGUGUUGAACGAAUGGGGAAGGUUCGGAGUGUGGGAGGAGCCGAGGAUGAAGUUCGGGGAUAUCGCGGCGAGGGCGGUGAUGGCGGUGGAGAGGUUGAUCACGAGCGAAGUGCUGGAACUGCUCCGACCGUACGUGCUGCGAAGAUGGGACCAACAAGAGCAGGAGGAGGACGCGGAAGAAGAGACAAUUCCGACGCCAACGCUCAUCCCAAGUUUGUCCAUGUUCUCCUCUCACCUGGGACACCUCGCGUCGAUCUUACCCAAGGAAACGCUUCUGCCGAUCUACCGACACGUCUCUUCUUCGGUCGCCAACGCGCUCGUCGAACGGAUCGUCAUGGCCGGUGGUUCCAAGCGCUUCACCUUCGCUGGAGGCGUACGGUUCGAACGCGAUCUCAAGGAAGGUUGGCUAGGAGUGGUGCGGGAAUUGGUGGAGGCGAAUGCCGGCAAGCGAGACGGAGCUUUGGGUAGGAGACCCGAGGCGCCUUGGAAGCCGGUGUUGGACGCAGCGACACUGCUGAGGCUGCCGAGUUCUACAAGUGGAGCAGGAAAGGGUGCGGACGGAGUGACGUUGGCUAAGGCGGUGCAGAUCGUGUUCGACGCUACGGACGAAGGUGGUGUCAAGGGUGAGGAGUACAAGGUGUUGUUGGAGAGGUUGGGCAACGUGGAUGAUACGAAGAUCAAUGUGAGGGAGGUGCUGAGGAGGAGGGUCGAGGUGUGGAAGUAG